GUUGAAAUUGUAAAAUUUACUAAAAUUGAAGAAUUAAUAUAGAAUUUUGUUAUAUUAAAUUGUUAAAACUCGUGAGAACUAUAGUUUAAGUCGGGAUCUUUCAAAUAAUAGUGAAUUAGUGCUUGGUCUUUGAGUAUUUCAUCGGAAAUUAAGAUGACAAAAACUGCAAAGAAAAGACAUGUGUCAAUGAAGAAAAAGGCAAGCUGGAGAAAGCAUACAGACAUUGCUGAUGUUGAGCAAUUUCUCGAGGAACAACGUUUACAAGAACGAAUUGGAGCGAAUAUCGAGAAAACUGAUGCAGAACUCUUCAAAGUCGAUAAGACACCAAACUUAAGGACAACAUCCGCUCGUCUAGAGAAGAAAUUACGUGCACAGGAGCCAUCAAAAUGCUUCAUAAGCUUAGAAAACAAUUCAAAAGUUCAGGAUCCAAUCACAAAGAGAAAUCGUGUGAGGACAUUAGAGGAAAGAAAGCAUCCAUUAUUAAAGGCAAAAAUUAAGCGUAACAAGGAAUUAGGUAUCAUACCAGAAAGAAAAUUACAAUCAAUGACUGAUAGAAUAGCGGCAUCAAAAAAAGUCAUUGUAACAAAAGAAAAGGAAAUUGAUUUCCAAAAAGAUUUAUGGGAUGGUGAGGAAGAAGGCAUGAAAGAAAAUCCAGAAUUGGCAUCGUCAUGGGUUAAUAAGGAUUUAAAGCAAUAUCAUUUAAAGAAUUUGGGUAUUGAUACAGUUAAAGUGCCACAAAUUACAUACGAAAGGAGAAGUCAAUUGAAAGCUAUUGACGUACUUCCAGGCACAAGUUAUAAUCCAAAUAAAGAGGAUUAUGAUAGUUUGAUAGGGGCUGUUGUUGAAAAGGAAGCCGCACAUAUGAAGCAAUCAGAGAAGUUAAACCGAUCAUUAAAGGCAGUUUAUCAGAAAACGACAAAAUCAGAACUUAAACGUCGCAAGCGAACUGAAAUGCGUGAAGGAUUUCCAACAAACGGUCCUAUCAGAGAUGACGAUGAACAGCCGUCGGGUGAUGAGUAUAAAACAACAAAUCCACCAGUCAGGAACAGAAAAAAGGAUUUAAUGAAGCGCAGAAAGCAAAAAGAACACAGAUUGCGUAUGGCUCAAGCAGAAAAGGAUAAAACUGAAUUAAAGAAGAUUAAGGAUUUGGGAAUGCUUAAAAUGUACAAGAAACAAAUUAAAAAGAAUGAAGAAGUUUUGAUUGAACGCAAAGAGGAUCGCGCAGUCAAACAAGAAUUGAAAAAGAAGCAGCCACGUAGAUUAGCACGUAAAAAGUUCGAGGAAGAAGACAUUCAAGUUGAAGAUAAUCCUGAGGAUUUGGGUAAUUUGAGGAAAUUGAAGCCACUGGGAAGUAUCCUUGUUGAUCGAUUCAAGAGCAUGCAAAAAAGAAACAUUUUAGUGCCGAAUGUUAAGAGAAUGCCAAGAAAACGUCGUUUGGUCAGAAUCAAGAAGAAUGCAUUUAAAGAGGAAGUUCCACAAUCAAAGAAAUCCAAGAAAGGUCCAAAACAAAAGCUGAAAAUUCAUGAUUAAUUAAUUAUUAUUUUUAAAUGAAAUAAACAAUUUUUUGAUGCAUAUUAA